AACGGCACAGGCUCGUACACGCAAACGAUUUCGAUGCAAUCCAGGAUCCUUAGCAGCUGAUACAAAGUAACAACAUUUUUACUACAGUUUGCGCUGGAAUUAGUUCGUGGGUGGGAUUUUUUUCUGGGAGAAUGCAUUGAAAGUAGAGAAAGCGUUAAUCUAUUGACACUGCGUUCACCUGCUGGGAUACUUGGCUGACCUGUAUUUCACGCUCCACACCCCCUCUCCCUUCAUCCCCUUUCCUCCCAGCAAUCCUGUAUACAGGUUCCAUCCCCCAGGCUCCCAUGGCCUCCCCAUGGCCUUGGUCCCAUCAUCCUGACCUUUAACCCCCACAUACUGUAACACAUGGAUGACCUGGAUGCUGUCAGAGGACUUUCUCCUCGACCCCCUCCUCCUGAGGACUCUGUGUCCCUCUCCUCGUCCAGCACCGACAUCAUCAACUUAGACGAUGGCCACUACAGUGCCCUGCUAGCGGAGUUGGAGGCUGAUGCUCAGGACCUAGAGGGAGAGUCCUGGAGUGUCUCUGUGGACCAGCAGUACAUAAAGAGGCUACACAAAGACGCUAUAAAGAGACAAGAUGUCAUCUAUGAGUUGAUCCAGACUGAGGUGUACCACAUGCGGACCUUAAAGCUGCUGCUGAGUGUGUACCAGUAUGAGCUGAGACGCAACCUACAGAUGGAGGAGACUAGGCUGGACAGGAUGUUCCCUCAGAUGGACAGCCUGCUGCACAUCCACCAACACUUCCUGUGGUGUCUUAGAGACUGCCGCGACGGACAGAAUCACUACACAGUCACACAGCUGGGAGCUAUACUCAUCAACCAGUUUUCAGGUGAGAUGGGAGAGAGGAUGAAGGAGAGCUAUGGAGACUGCUGCAGUCACCACACAGAUGCUGUCGGCUUCUACAAAGAACAACUACAGAACAACAAGAAGUUCCAGAACUUGAUUACGAAAAUCGGUCGGUUGUCCAUCGUGCGGCAGUUAGGAGUCCCAGAAUGUAUUCUGUUGGUGACUCAGCGGCUCGCAAAGUACCCCUUUCUGGUCGAACGCAUUCUACAGAACACUGAUGCUGACAGUGAGGAGCACGAUGCCCUGGCCCAAGCCCUGGUUCUGAUCAGAGAGACCAUCUCUGCUGUGGACUCUCAGGUCCAUGACUAUGAGAGGGCCUCUUGGUUGAGAGACAUAGGCAGCAGUUUGGAACCUCAUUCCUGUGGCAGGCUGAAGGAUGGAAGGGUGUUCAAGAGAGAGGACCUGGCAGUGGGGUCCAGAAACCUGCUCCAUGAGGGGACUGUCAACUGGCAGGCAGCCAACAGGUGGCUGAAAGGGAGUCUAUGUAUGAAGGAUGCCCAGAUCAUGCAGAGCCUGACAGAGAAGCUGCGUAUGUUUGCUGACAUGGCGGAGGCUGUAACAGGGCUGGAAGAUGUAGCUAAUCACUCUCGUCUGCUGCUCCGCAGUGACGACUUAGACCCCCAGCAGGGGGAGACACUGCUCAAGGGGGCCAUCACUGAGGUGGAGAAUCUGCAGAGCCUUCUCCUGUCCGGUGUGACUCUGAGAGACCCAUACCCCCCUCCAGAGGACUUCCUGGGAUCACUGGAAUACAGUUUGAGACCCGAAGAUCUACGGCUCCUUCGAGGGGGGCUAGGCCUUGGGGGGCUUGAAUGCAUGAACCUAGCCGCACUCAGGAGAGCCGAAACCUUAGGGGGCUAUGUCUGCAAUCCCAUUCCCCCUAUGAAGAAUGGUAAUAUACAGGCGGGAGAACGGCCAGGCAGUGUGGCGGUACAACCUCUAGACAGAGGUCAGCAUUCAAACUCUGGCCCCCAGCUACAGGACCUUGACCAGUCAGAGAGUCUGGAAAUGUCGGCUGAUGAGUCACCUGCACCAGCAUCAUACUGGACUUCUCCAUGCCCAAAUCCAUCCUUUCCUGAAGCUGAGUUCUUUGACAGAGUGCUGCUGCUCUCACAGAAACUCUACAGUCUGCUGGCCAUCGUGUCCCAGCAGGACAGCCACAUUGAGUUGCAGCGUGCCUCGCUGUCAGAGCGUGAGCAUCCGGGCCGUCCUCGUGGAAAUGUGCUCCUGGAGCAGGAGAAACAACGUAACAUGGAGAAACAGAGAGAGGAGAUGGCCAACUUCCACAAGCUGCAGACACAGCACAGACAAGAACAGGCUCGCUGGGAAGAGGAGCAGGAGUGCCACCAGUUGCAGGUGGAGGUCCUGGAGGCAGAGCUAAGACACAGAGAGGAGGAGUGUAGGAGACUGAAGGAGAAGCUAGCAGAGGAGAGGGGGGAGCUGGAGAGAUGGAGAGAAACCUACCAACAGGAUCUGGAGAGGCUGAGAGAGUCUACAAGGACUGUGGAGAAACAGAAGGAACGCCUGGAUUUACAGAUGAAGUUGAAGAAGAACAAGACCAUUGCCAAACCUGGGAGUUUUAACUUCAACACUCAGCAGGCUGUCCCCCACUCCCAGUCGUUUCGAGGGGACCUCCCACACUCUGCUUCCUUCCGAGGGGACCUCUCCCAGUCGUUCCGAGGGGACCUGAUUGGUGGUUGGACCCCGGGAGGUGACGUGACCCCCAUCCCAGCUUCUAAGGUCCACGUCCAACCUAGCCUCUCUCUAGCCACAGCUUUCCUGGAGCCACCCCCAGAGGUGCCCCUUCAUAGGGAGAGCAUCAGCCCUGCGCCCCCUAAAGCGGAGGUUCCCAUUCACCUGAUCAGCACCACCAACCAGGUGGUCCACAAGCCAGGGGCUGUGCAGCAGCAGAUCCCCACCAAGCUGGCUACCCUCAGCAGCAAGGGCAAGGAGAAGAGCAGAAAAAAGGGAUCGCACCAGCGCAUGCAUAGUGCAGCAUCUAUAGACAUGUCUCAGGUGGUGCCGAUCAGAGUGACAAGAAAAGAGGGCGGGAGUCUGCGAGGGAAGAGGACUGUGAGUCCUCACAGGAGCUACCAAACAGAUUGUUUCUUUAGUCCUCCAGAGCCUCUGUCCAAUGCCAAGCACUCCCAGACCCUAUUGUCUAGCAGCAGCAUGAGGAUGAACAGCCAGAGCCACUUCCCUCCACCCGAACCUCCCCAUCCUCCACCCUUCCCAAAAGACAUAGCACGCAAACCAACCAAGGAACGCGUAAUCUACCUGUAAGGCCACAGGAUAAGACCAAAACCCUAUGCCAGGGGUCUGCAACUGUGUGACAAAACCGGUCCACAAGUGAUUUUAUUUGGCCCUCAAAAGCAGUCUGUUUUGAUCAAAGUAAAGAUGUGAUUUUUUAAAUAUUUGGACUGAUUAGGCUUUUCUAAUUCCUUGUACUUCUUGAGUGCCUGUUGAAUUUCCAAAGACAUUUAUAUUGUUCUGAUGAGUGUUUCUGUCAUGGUUUAAGAGAAAGUGUCUCUAACCACUCACGUCUUUACUUUUAAAGGAUUCUUAUUCAUGUUGAGCAGUGGUGUUAGGAAGCUGUUUAUUAUUUUAAAUUGUUUACAGAUCUGAGGUGCCAAGUACGUUUUAUUCUCAGAGCACAUCAGAAACUACUCUAAUCUAUAUAGUCUACCUGCUGCUUGAAAUCAGAAUGUCUUAAUGAAAAUAAUGCAUUUGUCAUAGCUACAUUUACUUCCAUACAUUCUAUCUGUUAGAGGGAAUAAUAACUGUAUGGGGUUCUGGUGUAUUUUAACACUGAAUAAUAAUGACUACUGGAAAGAAAUGAUGCCAAUUCUGCUGUGGUUUCUGUCAUGAGGGAGACAGGAAUGGGUGUCAUGACUGUUUGUGCACUUGGUGGACUGUUGAAUGCAGAAGGCCUGACCACGUGAUAUCAAUGCUCAAAAUGGACUGUAGUAAGUCAAGUUUUACCACACAGCUUCCCUGUGUGUGUGAAUGUACAGAAAUGUUAGGACACUGUGUUUAGUUUGAACUGGAGCAAAUAGUUUUUCCUUUUUGCUCAUUGUGUAACAAGGUUAUGUUCUGGGAACCAAGGUAACUUGUAAAUAAUGUUUUAAUAAUAACCUUUUGAAUUAUGUUUUAAUAUGGGGGAGGUUGUUUGGAAGGUUUUG